AUGACCUCGCUCAUCGCCAUCGUCGAUCUCAAGGGCAAAUCGCUCAUCCAGCGAUCGUACCGCGAUGACGUCUCCCCCUCUGCCGUCGAAAAGUUCCUGCCCCUUCUCCUCGACCUCGAAGAAGAAGCGGGUGGAAGCUCGGUCAGCCCCUGCUUCUCGUCCGAGGGCGUCAACUACAUGUUUAUCCGUCACAACAACCUCUACCUCCUCGCGCUCUCACGGCGCAACUCGAACGCAGCCGAAGUGCUCAUCUUCCUCCACAAGCUCGCGUCGGUGCUCGAAGAGUACUUCAAGGAGCUCGAGGAAGAGUCGAUCCGCGACAACUUUGUCAUCAUCUACGAGCUGCUCGACGAGAUGAUGGAUUUUGGCUAUCCGCAGACCACCGAGUCCAAGAUCCUGCAGGAGUACAUCACGCAGGAAUCGCACAAGCUCGAGGUGCAAGUACGUCCGCCCAUGGCCGUCACCAAUGCAGUCUCGUGGCGAUCGGAGGGCAUCCGAUACCGCAAGAACGAGGUGUUUUUGGACGUGGUCGAAUCGGUCAACUUGCUCGUCAGCGCCAACGGCAAUGUGGUCAGGAGCGAGAUAUUGGGUGCGGUCAAGAUGAAGUGCUAUCUCUCCGGUAUGCCAGAGCUGCGUCUCGGGUUGAACGACAAGGUCAUGUUUGAAAGCACGGGCAGAGCCGCAAGGGGCAAAGCCAUCGAGAUGGAGGACGUCAAGUUCCACCAGUGCGUUCGUCUCUCGCGCUUCGAAAACGACAGGACCAUCUCUUUCAUCCCGCCGGACGGCGAAUUUGAGCUGAUGAGCUAUCGCCUCAGCACCCAGGUCAAGCCGCUCAUCUGGGCCGAAGCGAUCGUCGAGCGCCAUGAGGGUAGCAGGAUAGAGUUCAUGGUCAAAGUCAAGGCGCAGUUCAAGCGCAGAUCUACUGCCAACAAUGUCGAGAUCCACAUCCCUGUUCCGGACGACGCCGAUACGCCCAAGUUCCGCGCGGCGAUCGGGUCGGUUGUCUAUGCGCCGGAGAAGUCGGCGAUGGUGUGGAAGAUCAAGCAGUUGGGAGGAGGCAAGGAGUUUUUGAUGAGGGCCCACUUUGGCUUGCCCAGCGUCAAGAGCGAGGACACGGUGGACCGACGUACGCCCAUCAGCAUCAAGUUUGAGAUCCCGUACUUUACAGUGUCGGGGAUCCAGGUUCGAUACCUCAAGAUCGUCGAAAAGUCUGGCUACCAGGCUUUGCCUUGGGUUCGAUACAUUACGCAGCACGGAGAGUACGAUCUUCGUACGCAGAGCGAAAAGCCAUCUGCCAGGCUGGCGCCGUUCUCUGCUUAA